AUAAAGGCGCUGCAGCAGAGAAGCUCACAGCGAUAUCCUGCUUUUAAACCUUAAAGUGGUUCUUAAAGGAAAGAAGUCCCCUCGGUUCGGCAUUGACCAUCAUGAUCUUUAAAGCUUUCUUCAAUGAGCUGAUAGAGUGGCAAAAUGCAUCCAGAAGCUGCAGAAAAUGAAUAUCUUUCCAUUCCAGUCUGCAGUUACCAUGCAUGACCUCCAAGCUAAUGCCACCUGCAACUCCUCCUUGGCCCCUUCCAACUGGACGGCCGGGGAGGACGUCCCUCAGCUUCCCACCUUCACCACAGCAGCCAAAGUCAGAGUCAUCAUCACCUUCAUCCUCUGCGGCACAUCAGCCUUCUGCAACCUGGCUGUGCUGUGGGCGGCUCACAGGGACGGGAAACGGAAAUCCCACGUCAAGGUUCUGAUUGUUAACCUGACCGUAGCUGACCUGCUGGUGACCUUCAUAGUGAUGCCUGUGGAUGCUGCAUGGAACAUCACAGUCCAGUGGCUUGCUGGAGACUUCCUGUGCAGGCUGCUGAUGUUUCUGAAGCUGCUGGCGAUGUACUCCUGCGCUUUUGUCACCGUGGUGAUCAGUCUGGACAGGCAGUCCGCCAUCCUCAACCCUUUGGCAAUCAACAAGGCCCAGAUGAGAAACAAGAUCAUGCUCGCCGUGGCGUGGAGCAUGAGUGCUUUGCUUUCAAUCCCUCAGAUCUUCCUUUUUCACAAGGUGACCAUCAUCCACCCUGAGGACUUCACCCAGUGCACAACAUGGGGAAGCUUUGCCACUCGCUGGCAUGAGACGGCCUACAACAUGUUCACCUUUUCCUGCCUGUUCCUGCUGCCGCUGGUCAUCAUGAUCACCUGUUACGCCAGGAUCUUCCAUGAGAUUUCAAAACGGCUGAAAAAAGACCACUGUAAGUCUCUACGCCUGAGGUGCUCUAAAAACAACAUCCCCAGAGCCCGGAUCAGAACCUUAAAAAUGAGUGUUGUGAUCGUCUUGUCCUUCAUCAUCUGCUGGACUCCGUACUACCUGCUGGGCCUCUGGUACUGGUUCUGUCCUGAUGAUCUGGAGGAUAAGGUGUCCCACUCUCUGGCCCACAUCCUGUUUAUCUUCGGGCUGGUGAACGCCUGCCUGGACCCAGUGAUCUAUGGACUGUUCACCAUCCACUUCAGGAAGGGGCUUCGAAGGUAUUACGGCAACACUGCCUCCGCAGCGGAUGUGGAAAACACCACCGUUAUAAGUGGAUCUUUAUAUUCUCCUGCCAAUUCUUUGUCAUUACGAAGAGAGUUCAGGCGGCUGAGUCAGGAAAAGCAUGACAGUCAUAUGAAAGCCAAGGCAUCCUCUCUGAAAAGCAGCUUUCUGAUUAUAGACAGUGAAAUCCAACAGUCCAGUCCUGAAAGCAGCUUAUAAUGA